AUGAGGCGCCUACGAUGCCGGGGGCGGAAGGCAGGAUUCCUCCGCCAUGGCGGUGUAGCGCUGCCGUGUUGUCAGCGCCAGGCGGCGGGCCCGUCUCUUCCCGCUGCACAUCCAUUUUGCCGAGGCCUGGAUGGCCUAGGCGUAGAGUUGUUCCGAAGUCCAAGAGAGAAGACCAGUUUUAGCAGGGGUUGUCGUGAUGACCAGGAGAGUCGACCAAGUAGAGACAGCAGAGUUGAUCCUCCGGAAGAAGUAUCCAGUUGUAGAGUCGGGUCAGUCAGUAUCCAAGAGAGAUGUCCAAAUUCAAGCGGGGUGCAGCUGUAA